AUGGCGUCCAGAAAGAUUCAACAAGAGAUCGACAAGACUUUCAAAAAGGUCGACGAAGGCAUAGAGGAGUUCCAGGGUAUUCACGAUAAGCUGUACUCGUCCAACAAUGCCUCACAGAAGGAGAAACUCGAGGAGCAACUCAAGACGCAGAUCAAGAAACUUCAGCGAUCACGAGACAAUAUCAAAUCGUGGGCUGCCGGCAAUGAAGUCAAGGACAAGGCCCAUUACUGGAGUAUCGGAAGAAGAUUGAGAAGGUCGUGUAUGGAGACGUUCAAAGCCACAGAGAAGGAGAUGAAGACAAAAGCGUUCUCAAAAGAAGGUCUACAGCAGAGCGUCAAGCAAGACCCCAAAGAGCGAGAGCGACAGGAGAUCUGCGACUGGAUAAGUGAAGGCCUCGACGAGAUGAACCGAAUACUGGCCGAAGAACUAGAGCCCGAAGCCAGCUCAUUACAGGUCCAACUCAAGAAGAAACAGAAAGACAACUCCAAAGCCGAAAGACUACUUGAGAUCGAGGAAUGGACCGAGAUAUACAAAUACCACGAGUCGCGGCUACAAUUAGUUCUGCGGUCGCUGCAGAACGGCAACAUCGAGAACGACCAGGUCACGGCAAUCAAGGGCGAUAUCGAGGAGGUGCUCAAGGAAGCCAGAGAACCAGAGUUCGAGAAGGAAGCGUACGAGGGCAUCUACGAUGAUCUGAACCUGGACAACGAAGAAGCGCAAUUUGGCCUUACGAAUGAGAUCGACCGGAUAUCUUCUCAGGAUGCACAAUCAGUACCGGACCAUGAAGAGCCAGAACCGGCACCGGCACCAAUCAAGAAGGUCAAGACAGAUCCUGUGUCAGCGCGCAGACCGUCAACCCAACUGAAGUCGCCCCUACCAGCACUAGCGACGCUGAAUAACAUGCCUCCGCCACCGACAAUACCCAAAGACACAAGUAUGAAACCGGCUCCAAUACCCAAUAGACCGCCAGGCGAGACUCUGAAGUAUGCAUCCGCCGCAGCGGCCGCAGCUGCAAGCGACAAGUCCGGCGUUGGGCUAACACCUCUUCCUCCACCCGUUAGCUCAAGUCCAGCGUCAGGUCUGCCACCAUUACCUGCACCAUCGAAAUCAUCAACUCUGGAUUCGCCUGUAGCAACAUCAACACAGCCAGUGGAAAAGCCGGCAAGUCCGCCGUCAUCAAAUGCGGAUACUCCAGCGCAAGAACCGCCAAGUCACUCAAAGUCGCCGACCCUGAGUGCUACAAGUGUACCCGGAGCAAGUGUACCUAGUAGUGUACCAGAGACGCCAGCUAUGGAGAGCGCGGAGGCCGUGCCUGAGCCUAUUAUCGCAGACGACACUGUCACGCCGAAUGGACAGGCAGAGGAUGAUGCAGAAGAGUCGAUCUACCACCUCCCUCCUGGCCUCCAAGACUUACUGGACUCAUUCGAAACAACAAAAAGCAGAGUGUCACAGCCAACGAGCCAGCUAUCACGGUUACUGCAAGGUUCACAGGACACAUGUCCAGAGCCAUUAGAUGGUGACAGACCGCAACAUUACCGGCCCACGAUCAAAUACAACACUCCGGCCCAUUAUCCGCAGGACGUGCUGCCAAUUUUCGAUGAUCCGGCCUUGUACGCCGACCAGAGGAUGGAAACUGACACAUUGUUCUACAUAUUUUACUACCGGCAAAACACAUAUCAGCAGUGGCUAGCCGCGCGAGCACUCAAGAACCAGAGCUGGAGGUUCCACAAGCAAUAUCAAACGUGGUUUCAGCGACACGAGGAGCCGAAGUCAAUUACGGAGGAGUACGAACAGGGCACGUACCGCUUCUUCGACUAUGAAUCCACAUGGAUGAAUCGCCGAAAGGCUGACUUCAAGUUCGUCUACAAGUUCCUUGAAGACGACUUGUGA